GUAAAGAAUUUGGCUGUGAGUCAAGUACAGGUCUUGCAUGAGCAAAGCAGGAAGCGACACUGGAUUGACUGGACCGAGAGCCUCAUGUUUUCAAGGUGCCGAAACUUCACGAGUAGGCUGUUUGUUUUUGGGCGUUGAAGAAAACACGUGGGAGAAAUAGCAUAUAUAGUGGAGUCCGAGGGAAUGAAGCGGUGCUUUUUAAACUAUCCAUUAUGGAGAUGGGAAAAGAAGAGAUCGCCGGUAAAGACUACUUGGUUUUAAUGGAACCCGAGCCCGUGAGCCGUCUGAAGACACAGUACCGCUCACUGCGGCGACAGCUAUGCUUCAUCCAGUCCAUCUGCGUGCUAAUCUGCGUCACCUGCUGCCUGUUUACGAUCAUAUAUCACUCAUACCCGUCGACGUGCAAGGAAAAUGGAACUAAGGAAGCAGCUAAAUAUGGAAUGCAGCAUCAGGGAAGUGAAGAAAGGACCCAGACACAAACAAUCUCAGUCACUCGUCUGACAGUUAACCCUGAUGCUUUUAGAGAAGCAAAACAUGUGCCAUGGAAGCAUGCAAGAGAUCCAGACAAUACCGGAUACUUCACCUUAGAUAAAGACGGUGAAUCUCUGAUGGUCCUUCGUGGCGGAACGUACAAAGUUUCUUUGCAGAUCACGUACAGAGGAGUCGAAAAACGCAAUGAUACCUUAAUUCUGCAGCAUGAUAUUCAUCGGUAUACUGACAGUUAUGUUGGAUAUCUACCUCUGCUCACCUACCUGGAAACAGUGAACUUUACGUCCCCAUAUUGGAGGAAAAGUCUGUUCUCUGAAGGUAUUUUUCCUCUUGAAUUUGGGGAUAAACUCAAGGUGUGGACCAACAGUCUGUCCCUCAUUGAUGUUGGAGAAAAAUUGGAACAAAAAACAGCCUUUGUGGUGUAUCCUCAUUUUUCCACAUGAGAAUUUGGAGAAAAGGAAAAAAAAGACAUUUCUCCUUUGCAUAAAUGUUGAAAGGGCUGCCAUGAUGCAUCAUAUUCAUUUGUCUGUGAUUACCUUGUCAUCUAAACCAAUUCUUCUGUUAGGUCAGCAGAAUCAUUUGGAUGUCAGAUAUAUUUGAGAUAUAAUCAAUAACAGAGCCAUGUACAGAAGGAAAAAAUAAUGUGGUACCGUGACAGUGUCACAUGUCAGUACCAGUGUACUUUGAAAUAUACUAUAGUACUUAAAUUCUUUCAUUCUAGGGUAGUUUUUCAAGAACAACAUGGAACAUGUCAAAAUGCAUUUUAAAGCAUUACAACUGAGGAGAAAUUGUAAUAAAGUAUUUUGUUUUUAGUUUGAUUGAAGUGGUCCAAAAAAUGAAACUUCCCAGUGAUGUCAAAGCUUUAUGUGCACAAACGUAUUGGAUGUUAUAAUAUUUAUACCAUUGUAACCUUAUUUCAUGCUUUUUAUGCUAUUUAUGUUUGAUAGUUGAGGAUUUGGGCUGUUAAUGCAAGGGUUACAAUUUCAGUAAUAUUACAGAAUGAAGAGAAUGAUCAAUAUCCUUAUAUGGGCGCUGUCAUUGGAAUUAGUAGGUUAUAACUUUGGAUUUAAAGGGCUAGCAGUUUCCUGAAAUCACAAUAUCACCUUCAUAAUGAUUUGCAUGAAAGAUCUUUUAUGUACAUGAAUACAUGUUCAAAAUUGCAUUAUUUCUCUGGCCAUAAAGCAUCAAUAAAUACUAUUACAUAAA